AUUAUAAGUGCAGCAUCAUCGGUAAAGGCUAUGAUUCCAACUUCCAUUCGAUGCAUUAAACUAUUUUGGUGGGGUCAGCUGUUGACAGAAACGUUAUAAUCUCCGUCUGAGAUCGAUCAGAGUCUCAGUGCGAGUUGCAUUCUUGCUUUCUAAAUUUGCUGGUAAGCCAUUCCACUAGUUCGACACACUGACACAAAGUCGCUUGCAGUAGUGUUCAUGUAAACAAUGGUGGCAGAGCGAAUCUAUAUUGUCAAACUUUGGGUUUCUUAGAUGCUUAAAAUUGAGUAGAGAAGGGGCAAGGAGAUUCAUCGUAAUAUAUCAACGAAAGUUCGAACAAAAACUGCAAGGGAAGAACGGUGAGGGUGGAAGGCGAAGUACAAUUUCAGUGAACUAUUAUCUAUAAUCGUAACGGUAUGAGUUAAUGAAAACUACCAAGCAGCAUGGACUUUGAGUCAGCCAGAACAGCAAGCGUUCAACAUCAAUUUAUCAGCUCCUGGUGCGUGGCGUAUCUAGAUUGUCGACAGUAAAUCAGGCCUGUCCAAAGAGGGACAACAAAAUCCUGCCAAUUUCUAUUAUUUCGAUUUUCUUCGACACGACCGCCGACUGAGCAAGGUCUGGAACAACCCGUUCACAAACCUUGCCAAUAUUGUGCUGUUUCCUGAAGAUGGUCGAGAGCUCUUCAUCGGCACCAGCAACAAGAUACUCAGCCCUGGAGGAUUUCAUGCGAACCAAAGAAACGGCAAAGGAAAAAUGUCGACAAUGCCGUAGGGCUGCGUGUUGUCACGGCAAUUCGCCGUCUAAAGUCAAUGGCGAGUAUCUGGAGGCUGUAACCUCCACCUCUGUUGCUAAUGGCCGUAGUCCUACGAAACGCAAGAGAGGUGCAGCCGUGGAGGCGCAGUCAUCUCCGAAGCGCAAAAAGGUCAGCAGCUCUAGAUUCUACGGAGUACGAUUCCGGCAAGAUCUGCAGAAAUGGGUCUCGGAGAUCAGAGUGCAACAGUGGAAACUCGUCGACAAGAAGGUGUGGUUGGGCACCUUCUACACCGAGGAGGGUGCAGCUCGAGGAGUGGAUUUGGCACGAAAACUCCUGGGAUGCAACAAACCGAGGGGUCCAAACCUGCCGUGCAAGGAGUUGGAUGAAUAUUCUGGGCAGAUCCCGGAUACCAUCAACCUCUCGGACAUUAAGUCCACAUCGAUGUUCAAGGAGGCAACCACUUUCAUAAAGCGCAGGUGCCAGGAGUACGCUGCACAAUUCGCGCCCACGGAGGUGGGGAAUCCAAAUCAAAUCCUCGACCAGAUCGAGGAAAUCCAAGAGUGUGAUGUGGACUUUGAACCGACCGUUUUUGAUGCCGCCUCACCAUCUCGAGAAUUGACGGUGGAAGACUACUGUUUUGAAGAAUUCAGUUUCCUCACCCCAAUUUUCGACCAGAUUCCGCCCCAGUUUGAUGCGACCACCAGCUCCUCCUGUCUCGCCUAUCAGGGAACGGGAGUCGAUGAAUUGAAUUUGUCCCAGAGCACAGCAUCGUCGAAAUCACGCGAUCCGGUGACAGGCGAAGAAGAGACGCUGUGGCCGGGAGAUACAGGGCUGAACGCAGCUAGCCAUCUGUGGGGCGCAGAUUAUCUGCAAUACCCUUGUUUCUUAAACCCAUCCAUCGUGUUCGCCGGUCCGAUCCUUGGUCAAGAUCCUCCUGCGGCAUCGGCACCUUGGGAUGGUAGUUGGCUUACGGGUGAAGGUUUAAACUGGAUGCCUCAUGGAACUCGCCGCCUAUGUGAUGAAUGAUCCUCCGGGGUCUUCGCCGAAUAUCCAUACCUAAUCGGGCAUCCAGAUCAAGAUGUGGGUGUCCAUGGUUGGUUGAGAGAGGAAGUAUAAAGGAAUCUAUCUUUUAUGCACUUAGUAUGUGAAGUCAGGUGCUGUACCUUUUCUUCCUUAUUAGCGGGGUUUACCCCGUGUCAGGUGCUGUGGAACAUAAAUGUAUAUGUGUGAACAGCUGGUCAUACACUCCUGCCUCUAUUAGGAUGAAGGUCUUUCCAAAAGACGGAGACGUCGGGGUGACUAAUAUAGUAUUACCUCAACUAAGCACCUCUAUUAUGUAUUUAUAAACUUACAGUAACUAAUACUGUGUUACCUCUGCUAAAUUUAUAUGUGCAUAAUCGAUCUGCGUGAUUGUGAUUAUUAUUGUUA